AUGGUUCUCGAACUUGGAGGGUUCAUCGAACUCGACACCGAAAUCUGUCCGCCAUGCACGGCAAGAAAUCCACGAAAUGGAAAACUAGCACAGUGCAUCGAAAAAGACGAAGUCAUUGUAUUCGAAUUGCGGCCUCGCAAGGUUUUAGAGUUCUUAUGCACCAAUGUCCCUAGUCCCAUGGUCACUGUCACCGCUCGUGAUAUCUGGCGCAACGCCACUGUACAGUUUAAGAUCCUCGAGCCCGCACAAAUAGUGGACCUUGUAGGGACCAGGCAGGCACUGGGAGUAUCUUGUGGUACGCUUCAAUUAGUCAACUGUUCUACUAGGUAUCGAUUGCAUGCUAAUAUUGAGCACGACAUUCUGCAGCGCGAAACAAAUAGAACCGCCUCAGGCACUACCAGUGACUGUAUGGAGGUGAGGUUCAAGGUUAUUGGAGUCGGGAUGGGCGUUACACUCGCCCAUUCUUUGGACUUGCGGAAAGACAGGGGUACCCAAUCAGUUGCUCCGUCGGCGACUGGUGAUAUUCGCAUUGAAAUGGAUGCCAUGUUAUGA